AUGGAAGAAGGCUUCUGUCCGGUCACCGUGGAGGUGUGGAGUUCCUCUGCUUCCGAGGAGGAAGAGAAGGAGAGCGGCCACGGGAGCCAGGAGGAGGAAGAAGAGGAGGUGGAGGAGGGAGAAAAGCAACACAAUAAGGAGAUUCUGUGCAGGGAACUGAUGCAAGGUGAGGGAGUAAAGGGAGGGCGAGAGACAUAGAAAAGAGAGCGAUUGAGAGAGGAGCAAGGAUGGAGGGAGCAGUGGAGGAGGAUGGGAGAAAGGGCAAAGGAGGGAGUGAGGUGGUUGCAGGCAAUCAGGCUGAUUCUGCAGCCAUAGAUCAGCUUUAUAGGCAGUGUUGCUGUGGUGUAAACAUACUGUAGAAUCUGUGCAGCUUACAGUCAAGCUAAGUGAGUGACGGUAUGGCUGUGAAGGUGCUUAUGCAUGGAUUCUUUGUUGUAUGAGUGAUUUCAUUCAGCUGUGAUUUCAUUCACAUACAGUAACACAUGGUUAGGUUAUUGACUGGCUACGUGUGUGUAUAUGAACAUCUGAAGUCUGAUCUUUGUCUCUACCUUUGAGAUAUUGAACUCACAAAUGCCAAAUGUAUAACUUACCUCCAGUGUACACGGGCUGCCAGAUAUACUGAUCUUGCAUUUCUCCCCGUAGAGUGUGAAGGUCACUGUGCCAGAGUGUGUGUUCUUAGCAGCAGUCUGUGUGUUUUCCAGCAGCAGCAGCAGCAGUGUUCUCUGUGGUGUAUUGUCUCUGUGCCUUUGAGUGUCAUUGACUUUGGGCUGCAGUAAACAGACUUGCUGGAAAAGGUUGUGGACUUUUAGGACUCUAUGAAGGUCAAAAACAUGGAAGUACUGGCUACCCACUGGGCACAGAUGUCAGUUCAACGUCUAGUUUUGAUUUACCUUUGGUUUGGUUGUCAACUAACGUGUAUACAAGGUGAAAUAAAAAAUACAUUUCACCAUGAUAUUGGAUUUUAGGUUAUAAGUUGGGUGUCUAAAUGAAUGCCUUUACGCUGAUGGCUUUUUGCAAAUCCAAUUAGUUUUCCACGUUGAUUCAACGACAUCACAUUGAUUUUUUGGGGGUUGAAAUGACGAGAAACAAUGUUGAUUCAACCAGUUUUUGCCCAGUGGGUAUGUUCUAGAACUGUCCAUUUGCCCUGAUGAGAAUAAUGUUUUGUAAAGAUGGGAUCUAUCAUAUCAUCUUAACUCAAUUGAAUUAAGAAAUUGAAUCAACCCCUCAUGUUUGAAUUGGGUAAUUGUCCAUAAUUGAUCAUUGUUUCAGUGGGCAUUUAAUAUAAUUUUCAAUUCAUGCCCUAAAUUAAUUAAAUGAUGAAAUGACAAGGCUGGUCCCAACCAUGCUGUUCUGUUAUGGUCCUUCAAUGUGGCAGGUGUCAUGAUGAUGCCCUAGAUUCACACUCUAGUUAAUUGUCUUCACUCAGUGCCUCUAGCAAUACUCCAUAUGCUGGGUUACAGUAUAAUAUACACAGUUUAUUAGGUAUACCUCCCCGUUCAUGAAAAUGGUUCUCUCCUACAGACAGUGAGUCACGUGGCCGUGGCUUGCUAUAUAAAGCAGGCAUCGAGGCAUUCAGUUACUGUUCGAUUGAAUGUUAGAAUGGACAAAACUAGUGAUCUAAGCAACUAUGAGCGUGGUGCGAAGCGUGCCGGUUCCAGUAUCUCGGAACGCACAACUCGUCGGUCCUUGUCACGGAUGGGCUAUUACAGCAGACGACCACAUCGGGUUCCACUCCUAUCAGGUAAAAAGAAGAAGCAGCGGCUCCAGUGGGCACGCGAUCACCGACACUGGAACAAUUGAGGAGUGGAAAAACAUUGCCUGGUCUGACGAAUCCCGGUUCCUGUGGUGUCAUGCUGAUGGCAGAGUCAGAAUUUGGCAUAAGCAGCAUGAGUCCAUGACCUCAUCCUGCCUGGUGUCAACGGUACAGGCUGGUGGUGUAAUGGUGUGGGGAAUGUUUUCCUGGCACGCGUUAGGUCCCUUGAUACCAACUGAGCAAAAUGUCCAUGCCCCGAAGAAUUCAGGCUGUUCUGGAGGCAAAUGUGGGUUUCGACUUGGUACUAGAUGGGUGUACAUAAUAAACUGGCCAACGAGUGUAUAAUACUGAGACUACUACAGUAUAAUACUGAGUAUAUGAAAUAAGAAUACGGCAGAUGAUUCAUUAUACCUCAGAAUAUUCUAGAUCGAUUUUCACCCUGCUUUGACACACACACACACACACAUAAAUAUAUAUAUAUAUAUAUAUAUAUAUAUAUAUAUAUAUAUGGCAGCCUAUUUUAGCUAGAGUAUGUCUUUCUUUUCAGCCUCCAUUUGGUCCUUUGUCUGAACGGGCAGCGUGCUGGCUGGCUGGCACCUUUUCUGUCAGUAUACUGCGACACUGGCAUAGAUGCUGGCGCAGAUCCAGAAAGUGAACAGACUUUUCUAGAAAAUCUCUGGCUUUAGAUGACUGUUACACAAAGGCUAAAUACAAUUGGAUGAAUUAUAAUAUUUCAUGACACAAAUACAGUACAGCUGUAAUCUGUAGGCACUGCUACUCAAGGGAAUGUACGCAAGGGAUUUGAUGAUGAUGUCCUCAGGGCUGCCUACACCACAGACAGGCUGAAACUUUAAUCUGGGUGCAGUUUCUGCCACAAAUUAUGCUUUCUUAUCUCCCUUGUCGUCAUUUAGUAUUACGUGGAAUUAACUAGGCUAAUGAUGUAGUCAUAAAUUAUGUAUAGCUAGAGGCCGGAUAUAUUUGAUGAGUUCUAAUAUAUUUCAUAUAUUAUGUAGAGGUCUAAUAUUUCAUACCAAAUAGUCAAUUGGGUUUUAAUGGUUAUAGACCCAAGUUUAAUCUUGAGAUUCACUGGCGCUUUAAUGCUAUACCUGCCUUAAAGCACUCAUAGUAGGCCUCAAUGACCCACUAGGCAGGACAUUGGUGUACUGGCUGUCUCAUUCUCCCUGACCCCUGCACCACACAGCUAAACGGAUCAGGGCAGGAAGACGGAGGUAUUGUGAUGUCACAUGCAGGUUUCUGCAACCUGUCCCAGGCAGAUACAAUGGCCUGUCCUGUAUUAGUAGCCUAAUACCUCAGAAUGGACGUCCCAAGAGGAUCGGGAGAAAGGCUUAUGAUAACGUCUGUAGUGAUGCGAGAAUCAGACUGACAGAGGACAGAGUUGAGCUUGUGGGUUUGAUCCCUAUGGAUCCCUAUUGAUCCUGUAGGCUCCUGUGUACUGUACAGGAUCCACUCUGAAUCCUCUCGGUUAGGGUACAGUGAGCUAGGAAAUCCCUCGGUCAAAAAGAGCCCCUUGAGACCAUCUGCGCUAUCUAUAGCGUGGUCUUAGAUGGUAAUAUAGUACAAUAUGAAUUGCUCACAGACAGUCAACUACUGUACUGUACUGUGGCAUAGCUUUUAAAGGGAUAGUCCUCUCAGAUGCCAUCAUUCUUGAAACAUUUUCUUUACAAAGAAAUCAAUAAAGCUUGGCACUGUGAAAAUAAAUUAAGAAAAUAAGUUGACAGCUACAAAUUCAGCAUUAGUUCUUCUCGAUAAUCCAACACAAUGUUCUGUCUGCAGUGUGUCUGUAUUAAAUACCCUUUUCCUUGUCUGGAAAGUAGUCCAGUUUAUAAUGUUGUUUUAGCCUGAAUACAAAAAGGAUAACUUGAGCUUGUAAAGAUUGAGAAGCUAUUGGGGAAGCUAAAUGGGGAUUUAGCAUUAGCAUAAGUAUGUACUUCCCAGUAAAUUAUCAUGUAACCAUUGGAUUUGCAGGAAGUUAGCCAGUUAGCUUGUUAGCCUUUGUUCUAUGGAUGAAUCUAUUUUGAUAAUAGUACAAUUAGGAAUUGUUACAUGGAUAGAGCUAUUUCAAUUGUAGUGACCCGAUUUAUAAUUAUUAUUUGUAAUAGGAAGCUACUUUAAUUGUAGUAGGCCUAGCCAUAUUAGAAAAUUAGCCUUUGUUCUAUGGAGUAAGCUAUUUUAAUUGUAGUUCCAGAUGGGUACAUUAGCAGUUAGGACAGCAGUGUUUUAGGAAGCUAUACUUACUUAUGGUCACUCUUGCUCUGCUCUACCAUUGAAAAUGGUAGGCUACCUGAUCGGACUGACUGUCCAGAUUAGGGUAUUCCAGGGUAUUUUACAGAAUGUUAAUCUUCAUAAAGAACACAAUUAGGGUUUAUCUUUAUGAUAUACUGUACUGUAGGAAAGUACCAUUGUAGACUCAACGAUAAACAAAAUAACUGCAAUGUAUUAUUUGCACUUAUGCAAUACGAGCAGCAUCUUCUUUUGGUGCAUAAGCACCAGCUCUGUCUGUUGCAGGGGUUAGGUUGGCACUGUAGCUGCAGUCUGCCAGUGCCCGUGCCCAGUGCUGUAGGAAGCCGUUGGCUCCUACUCAACCACCACCCGCUGCUGUGGACUGGUCUCAGUAUGCUAAAACAAGAUGUUAUUUCUCUUUCUCGCUCUCUUUCUUUCUCUCUUUCUCGCUCUCUCCUUUCCUUUCAUUCUCUCUUUCUCUGUUUCUCUCCCUCCAUCUCUCUCUUUUCUUUCUUUCUCUCCCUAUAUCUCUUUUUCCACACUGUAGACCCCCAUCACCUCUAAACAAGGACACACACUAUUUUCUUAAAGGUUUCAAAGGAUUAAUGACUGUAGGCAUACAGUAGAUCCGGACCAGGACCAUUUCAUUCCAUUAAAUAAUUGGCUCAUGCUUACUGUUACACAGUCACCCCAUUUUCAGCCAAAUGCUGCCCCUCACUUUAAUUAUUCUAAUGUACCAUACAGUACUGAUGAGUACCUAAUCUCCUUGGUGCCAGCCAGGCUUUUGAUUAAAGGGAGAUUUGAAUGGCUGAUUUGAACAAAGGGGUAUGUUACUGCAUGUACCUGCAUGAGACUACAUCUGCAGGAUGUAGGGCUGACCCCAAUUAGUCGACUAGUCGAUUUGUUUGGUCGUUAGGCUGUUGGUCGACCGAGAUUGUUUUAGUCGAGCAGUAACAAAUAUAUAUACAGUUGAAGUCAGAAUUUUACAUACACCUUAGCCAAAUACAUUUAAACUCAGUUUUUCACAAUUCCUAACAUUUAAUCCUAGUAAAAAUUCCCUGUUUUAGGUCAGUUAGGAUCACCACUUUAAUUUAAGAAUGUGAAAUGUCAGAUUAAUAGUAGAGAGAAUAAUUUAUUUCAGUUUUUAUUUCUGUCAUCACAUUCCCAGUGGGUCAGAAGUUUCUCAAUUAGGAUUUGGUAGCAUUGCCUUUAAAUUGUUUAACUUGGGUCAAACGUUUCGGGUAGCCUUCCACAGGCUUCCCACAAUAAGUUGGGUGAAUUUUGGCCCAUUCCUCCUGACAGAGCUGGUGUAACUGAGUCAGGUUUGUAGGCCUCCUUGCUUGCACACGGCUUUUCAGUUCUGCCCACAAAUAUUCUAUAGGAUUGAGGUCAGGGCUUUGUGAUGGCCACUCCAAUACCUUGACUUUGUUGUCCUUAAGCCAUUUUGCAACAACUUUGGAAGUAUGCUUGGAGUCAUUGUCCAUUUGGAAGACCCAUUUGUGACCAAGCUUUAACUUCCUGACUGAUGUCUUGAGAUGUUGCUUCAAUAUAUCCACAUAAUUUUCCUUCCUCAUGAUGCCAUCUAUUUUGUGAAGUGCACCAGUCCCUCCUGCAGCAAAGCACCCCCACAGCAUGAUGCUGCCACCCCCGUGCUUCACGGUUGGGAUGGUGUUCUUCGGCUUGCAAGGCCCCCCUUUUUCCUCCAAACAUAACGUUGGUCAUUAUGGCCAAACAGUUCUAUUUUUGUUUCAUCAGACCGGGCUGGUGACGCGCACCACUGGCUUGGUGCGGGGAGCAGGAACGGGCCGGACCGGGCUGACGACGCGCACCACUGGCUUGGUGCGGGGAGUAGGAACGGGCCGGACCGGGCUGACAACGCGCACCACUGGCUUGGUGCGGGGAGCAGGAACAGGCCGGACCGGGCUGACGACGCGCACCACAGGCUUGGUGCGGGGAGCAGGAACAGGCCGGGCCGGGCUGGCGACGCGCACCACAGGCUUGGUGCAGGGAGCAGGAACAGGCCGGACCGGGCUGGCGACGCGCACCACAGGCUUGGUGCGAGGGGCAGGAACAGGCCGGGCCGGGCUGGCGACGCGCACCACAGACUUGGUGCGAGGGGCAGGAACAGGCCGGGCCGGGCUGGCGACGCGCACCACAGGCUUGGUGCGAGGGGCAGGAACAGGCCAGGCCGGCGACGCGCACCACAGGCUUGGUGCGGGAAGCAGGAACAGGCCGGUCCGGGCUGGCGACGCGCACCACAGGCUUGGUGCGGGGAACAGGAACAGGCCGGACCGGGCUGUGGAGACGUCCUGGCUGAAUGCCUAUUUUUACACACUCUGUGUGAGGCAUCAGCACAGGACGUACAGGGCUGUGUACUCGUACUGGCACUACAGCACGUGGCACUGGCGCAGGAUAUCCGGAACCGAGGAGGGGUACUGGAGGCCACGAGCGUUGAGCCGGCACACUCCGUCCUGGCUGCAUGCCCACCUUAGCACGACACGUGCGUGGUGCUAGCACAGGACGUACAGGACUGUGCCGGACCACUCGCGGCACAGUACGCAGCUCUGCAUACCUCGGAACCUGCCCAGUCUCACGCUGCCUAGCCUGAGUACGGGGAGUUGGCUCUGCUCUACCUCUAGGCUCCGCCAACCUCCCUUCCAACCCCCAAACCCGGUGGCCUCCUCUCCUAAUCCACAAACUCGCCCUGUAGCUGCCUCCAGCAGCCCCGUCGUCCAUGCCGUGUGCCCCCCCCAAAAAAUUUAUUGGGGUUGCCUCUUGCGUGUCCGACGUUGGCACGGUUGGCGCCGCUGCUCCUCUCUAUGGCGCGCCUCCACCGUCUCCUCCCACGGACGGCGAUCCAUUCCGGCCUGGAUUUCCUCCCAAGUCCAGGAUCCCUGCCCGUCCAAGAUCUCCUCCCAAGUCCAGGCUGUCUGCUCCUGGACACGGUGCUUGGUCCUGUUAUGGUGGGAUCUUCUGUCACGAUCGUCGUAAUGAGCGGACCAAGGCGCAGCGUGAUAAGCGUACAUUCUUUUAAUGAGUACACACACAAACAAAACAAUAAACGAUACGUGAAGUCCUAGGGUUAAACACAAACCUUACGGAUCAAGAUCCCAACAAAUGACAAGUGCACAACAGGCUGCCUAAGUAUGGUUCCCAAUCAGAGACAACAAGACACAGCUGCCUCCGAUUGGGAACCACCCCGGCCAACACAGAAACACACGAUCUAGAAAAGAACACAUAGAAAACAAAACAUAGACACUACACAUAUAAACUAACACCCUGGCUCAACAUAUAAGAGUCCCCAGAGCCAGGGCGUGACACCAACUAAGUGUAUGUAAGUGUAUCACUAUGUGUAUGUAAACUUCCGACUUCAACUGUGUGUAUAUAUAUAUAUAUAUAUAUAUUAGGGCUGUCAAAUGAUUAAAAUUUUUAAUCAAAUUAAUCAGAAUUUUCAGUGGAUUAAUCAUGAUUAAUCACUAUUUGCAAUUACACCUGAAUCCUAACCAUUUUUUUUCUGAAAUGCAUACGAUGUCCCACUCACGUGCAACAGACAGGAACUGUUCUUUACAAGCCUCCGCAAAAUGACGCUCCUCAGUUUUUAAUAUAGUCAGCGCAAAAGACUUCAGUUCCCACGUGUCACUGAUUAAAUGUGCAGUUACUCCGAGGUAAUUGUUGUUACUCACUGAUGUCCAAUGGUCUCCUGUCAGGGCGAUAUGAUUUACUUGAGCCAAGACCUCUUUCCUUUUUCUUUUCGUUUUCAUAGAGCUCGUGGAUUUUCUUCAUAACUGUGGCUCUUUGACGGUGGCUUAUAGAAAGAGUCUUGAGACGCCACUUGCAAAACAUCAGGAAACCUGAGUCUUCUACAAUGCAAUGGGUCUACAAUCCUUUGCAAUCCAUUUGUGACCAGCUUUAAACUUCCUGACUGAUGUCUUGAAUGUUGCUUCAAUAUAUCCACAUCAUUUUCCUUCCUCAUUCCAUCUAUUUUGUGAAGUGCACCAGUCCCUCCUGCAGCAAAGCACCCCCACAGCAUGAUGCUGCCACCCCCGUGCUUCACGGUUGGGAUGGUGUUCUUCGGCUUGCAAGGCCCCCCUUUUUCCUCCAAACAUAACGAUGGUCAUUAUGGCCAAACAGUUCUAUUUUUGGUUCAUCAGACCAGAGGACAUUUCUCCAAAAAGUAUGAUCUUUGUCCCCAUGUGCAGUUGCAAACCGUAGUCAGGCUUUUUUAUGGCGGUUUUGGAGCAGUGGCUUCUUCCUUGCUGAGCGGCCUUUCUUUUUUUGUAGCUGUUUCCUCCAGCAUCUUCACAAGGUCCUUUGCUGUUGUUCUGGGAUUGAUUAGCACUUUUCGCACCAAAGUACGUUCAUCUCUAGGAGACAGAACGCGUCUCCUUCCUGAGCGGUAUGACGGCUGCGUGGUCCCAUGGUGUUUAUACUUGCGUACUAUUGUUUGUACAGAUGAACGUGGUACCUUCAGGAAUUUUGGAAAUUGCUCCCAAGGAUGAACCAGACUUGUGGAGGUCUACAAGUUUUUUCUGAGGUCUUGGCUGAUUUCUUUUGAUUUUCCCAUGAUGUCAAGCAAAGAGGCAUUGAGUUUGAAGGUAGGCCUUGAAAUACAUCCACAGGUACACCUCCAAUUGACUCAAAUGAUGUCAAUUAGCCUAUCAGAAGCUUCGAAAGCCAUGACAUCAUUUUCUGGAAUUUUCCAAGCUGUUUAAAGGCACAGUCAAUUUAGGGUAUGUAAUCUUCUGACCUACUGGAAUUGUGAUACAGUGAAUUAUAAGUGAAAUAAUCUGUCUGUAAACAAUUGUUGGAAAAAUUACUUGUGUCAUGCACAAAGUAGAUGUCCUAUCCGACUUGCCAAAACUAUAGUUUGUUAAGAAUACAUUUUUGGAGUGGUAGAAAAACAAGUUUUAAUGACUCCAACCUAAGUGUAUGUAAACUUCCGACUUCAACUGUGUGUGUGUGUGUGUAUAUAUAUAUAUAUAUAUAUAUAUAUAUAUAUAUAUAUGUCACGCCCUGGCUCUGGGGACACUGUUAUGUUGAGCCAGGGUGUGUAGAUCUAUGUUCUCUAUUUCUAUGUUGGCCUGAGUGACUCCCAAUCAGAGGCAACGAGUGUCAGCUGUUUGCUGGUUGUCUCUGAUUGGGAGCCAUAUUUAAACUGAUAUAUAUAUAUUUGCUCCCAUCUCAGUGAACUAAUCCAUUGCGGAGGCCUAGAUUAAAAGCCAAUUCAUGCUUGAUUCAAAAAUGUGGUCGGAGGCUCCAUAUGGAGGGUGUGAAGCAAAUGCGAUACAGAGGCCAAAUCGAGCUCUGUAUCGCAUCGCCAUGCACCUCCCAUAUUUUGUAGCAAUCCGAAGGGACGUCGGAUUGACCAUGCGCCCAGAUGCACAAUGCACUUCUCUCUCCAGAAUGCGCUCUCUCCCGCCAAUUUGUGCACAUUCAUUGUUUCAUAACUUAAUUGUGUGAAUUGUUUGCGUUUGAUUGUUAGUGUAUAUCAAUUCCCCAUGACAUAUUUCACCAGUAGUACAUUUACCGUUAAUUCCUAUAAUUUCUAAUCUACAAUGUUUGUUACUUUGGUUACGGUAAUUUAUUUUAAUGCAUUCAAUAUUAUUAUUCCAGUCUUCCUGUUCUCAUUGUCGGAGUGGACACAUUGUUUGCAGAGUGCACAACCUAUGCUAAACUUGUGAGAAACAUUUACGAGUUCUGCCAUUUUGUCAUUGUCUUUGGUUUGAAGCGCUCCUGUCAAUGUUGAGUAAGGACGCACAUGCGUAGAUGCCUGCGUGCAAAUGUAGCCCAUUUGGGGAUCUGAUAUUAUUUCUGAUUGGCUUAACGCACCACCACUAAUGACCUGUGGAGCUUCUCUAAGUAAUGUUUUCUUCACCUCAGACAGCAAGCAAUCGAAGUCUGUUUUUACAUCCAUUGAGAAUUACAAUAGUUCCUCAAUGUAUUUGAAAGAUCUUUCGCUUUCGAUAACCACUCAGUGUGAAAGGGAAAAAUGUCAUGCUCUGAUCCAGUGGAAAGUAAUAAAAUAGUCUUCUUAUCAGUGCUUGACUUGGACUGAAAUAGGUUCCGGUACUCAUUUUGGGUUCUGUUUAUAUUUAGGUGCAGGAGAUCCACAAUUCUUUUGAGCUAAUAUUCUAUAGGAGGAACAGGAGCUCAAGCAGUAGAACAUGUAAGGUGCCGGUACCCAAGUCAAGCACUGCUUAUCCCUUGCGCAAAUAGCCUACAGCUGUGUCUGUCCCGAGCUCACUGGCAUGGGAAACUCUGAAGGCCCAGAAUAUUUUAUACAAUGUUGCAAGUUUCGGGUUAAUAGUUGAUACAGUGUUUAAAGUUCGUUGCAGACAGGCCAUGUGUAGUCAAUGUGAUUUAUAGGAGAUUUAUUUUUAUCAGGAUAUUUUCUACCUGCAAUGUUUUUAUUUUUUGGCUUUAUGUAGGCUCUCUUUACAUAUUGGCAAUGGCAAUCAAAGUUACUUUUUAGGUUUGUAUCAUUUUCAUUUAGAUUUGUAUAGAAUUUUGAUUAACCACAUGACAAUGAUUUUGAGAUAUGAAGACGUUAUUAUAAAUUAAAUGAAACUUUCACGAAAAUGUAACUGGCACACAGAUCGGUAGAAAUGGUAAGAUAAAUUGACAUUCCACAUGAGAAAGGUUGCCGACUCCUAUUGUAGCCUAUUACCGGCAACUUCAGGAGAGUAAUGGCAAAAUCUGUGAAAACCAGCAGGAGCGGGAGGAGAAUAGUUGGGUCAGCUUACGUUUUUUAAAUUCUGGUUAGCUAGAUCUCUGGCUCCCUCUUGAGGCAUCAAACCAUAAGCUUAAAGCAUCAGACAAGCUCAAUGCAUAUAGUUUUAUUAAAACACAUAGGGUGUGUCUAUAUAUGGAAAAAUACACAUUAAAAAAAUUAGAGCAAUCAAUCCAUUGGUCCCGGCUGAUUGGUCUGGAUAGAAACACAUUUUUGAUUAUAUGGAGGGUCACAAGAAAACAUGAAACAAAGAUGAGCCCUGGCACAGAAACCAUGGGCCCCACUUCUUUAGGUCACUAUAAUAAUUACUAUGAUGAACAAAGCAUCAACUGUAACUCUAUGAUGACUCAGCUUCCAAACAGGAUGACCACUAUUCACCCGCCCAUCAGUCCUGAACAGGGUCGCAGUGUCCAUUCACAAACCAGUAAACAAACUGACCUGUCUAUAACCAGACCGCUCUAUAAUCACGGCCAUAGAUAUCCAGCCUAACUUCCUUCUGAGGGUUAACUGUUCUCAUUACAGUUUUCAACAGCAGCGUGUGCUGAGGUUUAUUUAUAUCAGAGGGAAAGAGAGAGAUGGGUCUUAUCCCUGUAAUGAGGAUCAGGCUAAGAGGAUAAGCUCUAACUGACUGGCUACAUGGUAAUGUUGUGGUCAGUGCCCCGGUCUGUUUCCUUUCAACUUGUUGUUGACCAUGAGUCAUUCACAGAAAGAGAGGGGAUAGUUGUGGGUCAUUGAGGACAAUGAUGACCUAGUCCACCGGGCAGUUACAGUGGGAAAAAAAAGUAUUUAGUCAGCCACCAAUUGUGCAAGUUCUCCCACUUAAAAAGAUGAGAGAGGCCUCAUCAUAGGUACACGUCAACUAUGACAGACAAAAUGAGAUUUUUUUUCUCCAGAAAAUCACAUUGUAGGAUUUUUAAUGAAUUUAUUUGCAAAUUAUGGUGGAAAAUAAGUAUUUGGUCAAUAACAAAAGUUUCUCAAUACUUUGUUAUAUACCCUUUGUUGGCAAUGACACAGGUCAAACGUUUUCUGGAAGUCUUCACAAGGUUUUCACACACUGUUGCUGGUAUUUUGGCCCAUUCCUCCAUGCAGAUCUCCUCUAGAGCAGUGAUGUUUUGGGGCUGUCACUGGGCAACACGGACUUUCAACUCCCUCCAAAGAUUUUCUAUGGGGUUGAGAUUUGGAGACUGGCUAGGCCACUCCAGGACCUUGAAAUGCUUCUUACGAAGCCACUCCUUCGUUGCCCGGGUGGUGUGUUUGGGAUUAUUGUCAUGCUGAAAGACCCAGCCACGUUUCAUCUUCAAUGCCCUUGCUGAUGGAAGGAGGUUUUUACUCAAAAUCUCACGAUACAUGGCCCCAUUCAUUCUUCCCUUUACACGGAUCAGUCGUCCUGGUCCCUUUGCAGAAAAACAGCCCCAAAGCAUGAUGUUUCCACCCCCAUGCUUCACAGUAGGUAUGGUGUUCUUUGGAUGCAACUCAGCAUUCUUUGUCCUCCAAACACGACGAGUUGAGUUUUUACCAAAAAGUUCUAUUUUGGUUUCAUCUGACCAUAUGACAUUCUCCCAAUCCUCUUCUGGAUCAUCCAAAUGCACUCUAGCAAACUUCAGACGGGCCUGGACAUGUACUGGCUUAAGCAGGGGGACACGUCUGGCACUGCAGGAUUUGAGUCCCUGGCGGCGUAGUGUGUUACUGAUGGUAGGCUUUGUUACUUUGGUCCCAGCUCUCUGCAGGUCAUUCACUAGGUCCCCCCGUGUGGUUCUGGAAUUUUUGCUCACCGUUCUUGUGAUCAUUUUGACCCCACGGGGUGAGAUCUUGCGUGGAGCCCCAGAUCGAGGGAGAUUAUCAGUGGUCUUGUAUGUCUUCCAUUUCCUAAUAAUUGCUCCCACAGUUGAUUUCUUCAAACCAAGCUGCUUACCUAUUGCAGAUUCAGUCUUCCCAGCCUGGUGCAGGUCUACAAUUUUGUUUCUGGUGUCCUUUGACAGCUCUUUGGUCUUGGCCAUAGUGGAGUUUGGAGUGUGACUGUUUGAGGUUGUGGACAGGUGUCUUUUAUACUGAUAACAAGUUCAAACAGGUGCCAUUAAUACAGGUAACGAGUGGAGGACAGAGGAGCCUCUUAAAGAAGAAGUUACAGGUCUGUGAGAGCCAGAAAUCUUGCUUGUUUGUAGGUGACCAAAUACUUAUUUUCCACCAUAAUUUGCAAAUAAAUUCAUUAAAAAUCCUACAAUGUGAUUUUCUUGAUUUUUUUCUCUCAAUUUGUCUGUCAUAGUUGACGUGUACCUAUGAUGAAAAUUACAGGCCUUUCUCAUCUUUUUAAGUGGGAGAACUUGCACAAUUGGUGGCUGACUAAAUACUUUUUUUCCCCACUGUAGCUUUUACCUCUCAAAGUUUAACUUCCCGAUAUCGUGUUCAAAUUAACUGAAUUGUGUGGUCAGUGUAGGUCAGAAAUUAUCUUAGCUCCUGUGACCAAUGAAACUUCUAACCAGAAAGUUACUGUCUCUAUACUGUCUGAAUAAUUCACUGUCCAAUGGCCUCUCCUACUUUUCAGUGAACUAUAUAUUAACCAGGUAUUUUUAUUUUCUCCCGCUAUUCCCAUCUCCCUCCUACAGUGCUGUGUUCAGAGAGAGUGGGCCAGGUCACUAAGACGUACCAUGACAUCGAGGCUGUCACCCACCUACUGGAAGAGGUAAGUAAAUAUAACGGGAACGUUCCGUAUGUAACCCCUUAAUCGUCCCUGGGACUAAUUAAGUUGUAUUGAAUCGAAUUGAAUAAUGUGUAACUGAAUAUAUUAUACAUUUGAGCAAAUUACGAUAGUCAUCAGACAUAACCAUGUUGCUAGAAUGAUAAACAAGUAUUCUACUAGAAACUGUAACUACAUCACAGAAUGAGGAACAUCCUCAUCAAACCAUUGCCGUCUUGCAGAAAGAGCGGGACCUCGAAUUGGCGGCCCGGAUCGGCCAAUCGCUGCUCAAGCAGAAUCGGGAUCUAACGGCACGGAAUGAGUUAAUGGACGAACAGCUGGAGAUCGCUAAGGAAGAGGUAUGAAACCAUCACUGUAGCCCUACUUUGAUUUAUCUCACGUAUUACAGACAGAAUACAGUAGUGCUGGAACAUAGCUUUUAGCAAGAGAAAAUACACACUCAUUCUGGUCCUGGAAUAUGAAAUUUACAGCGAAUGCAGUCUUUUGUUCCAGCCCGGCAUUAACACAACUGGUUCAAUUUUUAUUUAGACCUUUUAUCAGUUGAAUCAUUGCAUAAAUGCUAGGCAGGAUCAAAAGCCUGCACACCCGGUAACUCUCGCCCAGACCAGGAAUGGGGACCAAAUUACAACCAAAUAAUUGCAGCAUUACUGCAAAAAUGGAAGAGGAAAGUGGAAGGGGGAAAAAGUAAGGAACUUGUCUGUCGGCCUUGCAUUAAAGAACAUAAUUGGUUAAAGAAAACUGUGAUAAAUAAAAAGUAUACCAGUUUCAUUUAAGGACCAAAGGAUUGACAGCCAUCCCAUAUAGAUUGCAAAAUAGUUGGGAAGAGAUUUUUGACGUACUGAUCCCAUGGCAUAGUGUUUAUAAACUGAUACGAAAAACGACGCCAGAUUCAAAACUUAGAAUUGUUCAAUUUAAAUUAUUAUAUAAAAUUCUUGCUACCAAUAGAAUGUUAUUUAUAUGGGGGAUACAAUCUUCCCAGCUCUGCAGAUUUUGCUGCGAAGAGACAGAAUCAUUAGAUCAUUUGUUUUGGUACUGUCCAUUUGUAGCUUGUUUUUGGACACAGGUCCAGGAAUGGCUAAAGGAUUGCAAUAUUUACCUGGAGCUAACCUUGCAGAUAGCAUUACUGGGUGAUCUGAAAAGUCAUAGUCAAUCAAUCAAUAAUAUAAUAAUACUUUUAGCAAAAAUGUUUAUUUUCAAUUUACAAUCUGUAGAAACAAUGAGAAUGGAAGGGUUCAGAACUUUUGUAAAACAUCACAGUACAGUUGAAAAAUAUAUGGCAAAUAGAAAUCCAAUUUGGAUGGUGUUAAAAGAUAGAUGGGUGGUGUUGAAGGAUGGGACUAAUAACAACUAACAACAACUAAUAACAACAAGAUAACUAAUAAUGUAAGCAUACUGUGUCCAUAAUAAGUAUAUAGGUUAUAGGUUGAGAGCUUUUGUGAAAGAGCACAGUUAGAAAGAUAUGGCAUAAAGAAGCAAACCGGAUGGACAUCAUGAAUAUGUUCUGAGAGUUUGAGAGUAGAGGAAGUUCAGGAGUAAAAACAAACAAAUUAGAAUUAUUGUCAAAUUGACUGUGUCCGUAAAAUGUAUAUAGUAUGUAUAAGCUGAAAGUAGAGGCCUAGGCAUUGUUGUUCACUGGUUGACUCCAAUUGGGGAAGGGGUGGUGGGGUUGGAAAGUAAUAAAGGGAAAUAUAAAAAAAAAAAAAAAGGAUAUGUGUGUGUAUGUGUAUGUAUGUGUGUAUGUAUGUGUAUAUAUAUGUAUGUAUGUGUAUAUGUAUAUAUAUGUAUAUAUAUAUAUUUGCGAGAAACAAUAUGGGGGAUUGGAAGUGAUGCAGACAAUUACAUUGAUGGAAGUUACAAUCUAUCUGCAAUAUUAAAGCUGAUCUACCCCCUAAAAAGAAAAAAAAGAAGAAAAAGAAAAAAAGGACUGGGCACCACUGUACAUGAUAGAUCCUAGUUCAGUACUCUGACCCUGGUUCCUGUUUCCCAUUCACCAGAUAGCCCAGCUGCGUCAUGAGCUUUCAAUGAGAGACGACCUGCUCCACUUGUAUGCCAGCACAGAGGAGAUCGAGAACGCCUCCGACUCACACUCACUGUGAGUACACACAAACACACACACACACACACACACACACUGCAGAGUACACAUACACGUCGUACAUCCUCUCAGGCAUAUCAACACAACUUUGACAGGUAAACGUAAGACUUAAUUCUGACCGCCUUCUCCCUCUCUCCUUGUUUUCAGAAUGAAGAGGAACGAGUCGUCUAACUCACUCAGUAACCGUGUCAAUUAUGACUUCAUACAACAGAAACUCAAAGGUCUGGAGGAGGAGAACCUCAAACUACGCUGUGAGGUGUGUAACACUGGCUACUUCUAAAUACCUGAAGUCAUUGAAGUGGAUGGGAAACUUGCUAAUCGCAAAUGAUGGCUACUGUACUAUACACCAGAUUCAUUGAAGUGGAUAGGAACCUUGCUAAUGCCAUUGAUGUUGUUACUCCACAGGCCAAUGAACUGACGUCAGAGACUGCUAACUAUGAGGAACAAGAGCAGGAGCUGAUGAUGGUGUGUGUGGAGGAACUCAGUAAGUAUACUAUAAUGUACUACAGUGUACUACUAUACAUAUUUGAUAAUGUAUACAGUAUUACUGUGUUCCUGAGGGGAGAGUGAACUGGUGAGUGGGUGAAUACAGUGAAAACAGUAUGUGUUUGUACUAUGUAUUCAUACUAACCCUCUCCCUGUCUCUCUCCCUCCUCUUUUUCUCUCUCUGUCUCGUUCUCUCUUUCUCUCCCUCAAUCUUUUUUUCUACCUCCACCCCCAGCCUCUGUGAAUAAGCAGGUGGUGGACCUGUCUGAUGAGUUGGCCCGUAAGGUGGAGGACACUCUCAGGCAGCAGGAGGAGAUCAGUUCCCUGCUUGGACAGAUAGUCGACCUGCAGGCACGCUGCAAAGGGGUGAGUGAUCACAGACACAACAACGCACACACAUACACACACACCUAAAUACAAACCCACACACACACAAGCAUGCAGUACACGGACACACACACAUCAGAGUUGACGUGGCACUCCUCUCAUGCCUUGAGGUUCCACAAGGACAAAAGACUCAAGACUCCCCCACACCGAACACUUCUAUAAUGGAGUACAUCAAAUAUUUACAUAUGCACUGAAGUUGGUAUCUACAGUAUCACUGAUACGAUCAUGGUAUUAACUCUCCACUCUGUUCCUCUAGCUCACCACUGACAACGAAGAGCUAACCCAGCACCUGAGUGCCUCGCGGGAGAGCCAAUUACAGCUCAAAUCAGAGGUAAGACCCGCCCUCACACUCUACCCACAAUCCACAGCUCAUUACCCUCCAAUGAGCUAUCUAUAACAAGUAGGAUAAUGUUGCUCUUUAACACUGAUCUAAGGUUGGUUUUUGGAUUUUCCCCCUUAUUGUUAAGGCAAGGAUUUGGGGAAGCUGACCCUAGAUCUGUCCCUCAAGGCAAGCUUGUACUUAACUGCAGUAGUAGUGUGUGUUUAACUGACCUCUGGCAUUCCCUGGCUGUAGCUAAACUACCUGCAGGACAAGUACUCAGAGUGCGAGGACAUGCUACGGGAGGCCAGAGAGGACAUUAAGAACCUGCGCAACAAGAGCAUGCCCAACAGCACGGUGCAGCGCUACAGCGCCCUAUCAGCCGUGUUCCCCAUGGACUCCCUGGCAGCAGAGAUAGAGGGCACCUUCCGCAAGGGCCUGGACGUCCCUGCCCCGUCCGAGUACAAGUGAGUGAUGAUGUCACUGUGAAAACAUAAAACACCGGUGACAAUGUGCUUUUUCCAACCUGUUAAGCUCAGUUGGAUGAGAAUACCGGUAUGUCAGUUAUGUGCCAAAGGUGAAAUAUUACCAAGUAUGUUUGAUUGAACGAAAACAUUAUGACAUAACAAAGCACAUCUAUUCAUCAAAAAUAUACAAUAAGUCAAAUACAAUGUUUAAAAUGUUUCCAAAAUUACACUAAAGAAGAUCUAAUAUUCAAGCACAAAUACACUGACAUAAACUUUGUCACCACCACUAAUCUAUAUGGUUUAUCUAUGGUUGCCAAAGGAACCACCCGUGGCGCGUGUUUGAGACGGUGAAGGUGGUGAACCAAGCGUCGAGGCUGCGGUCGCGGUGCCACUCCCCCGGCCAGGUGCCCGGCUCCAGCCCCAUGUCGCUGCGCUCCAGCCGCGCCUCCACUCCCCGUACCAGCUACUACGGCUCAGACAGCACCAGCCUCACCUUGGAGGACAAACCACCUAGUGCCAUAUCGAGGCUGGCAGAGGUGGCACACACUGAGGACAACAGGUGAGACUGGCAACAGUGUAUGUGUGUAUAUAUACAGUGCCUUUGGAAAGUAUUCAGACCCCUUGACUUUUUCCAAAUUUUGUUACAUUACAGCCUUAUUCUAAAAUUGAUAAAAUAGUUUUUUCCCCCCUCAUCAAUCUACACACAAUACCCCAUAAUGACAAAGCAAAAACAGGUUUUUAGAAAUUUUUGCAAAUGUAUUAAAAAUAAAUGACUGAAAUAUCACAUUUACAUAAGUAUUCAGACCCUUUACUCAGUACUUUGUUGAAGCACCUUUGGCAGCGAUUACAGCCUCGAGACACUACAAGCUUGGCACACCUGUAUUUGGGGAGUUUCUCACAUUCUUCUGUACAGAUCCUCUCAAGCUCUGUCAGGUUGGAUGAGGAGCGUCGCUGCACAGCUAUUUUCAGGUCUCUCCAGAGACCGGGUUGAAGUCCGGGCUCUGGCUGGGCCACUCAAGGACAUUCAGAGACUUGUCCCGAAGCCACUCCUGCGUUGUCUUGGCUGUGUGCUUAGGGUUGUUGUCCUGUUUGAAGGUGAACCUUCACCCCAGUCGCUCUGGAGCAGGUUUUCAUCAAGGAUCUCUCUGUACUUUGUUCCGUUCAUCUUUCCCUCGAUCCUGACUAGUCUUCCAGUCCCUGCCGCUGAAAAUCAUCCCCACAGCAUGAUGCUGCCACCACCAUGCUUCACCGUAGGGAUGGUGCCAGGUUUCCUCCAGACUUGACAAUUGGAAUUCAGGCCAAAGAGUUCAAUCUUGGUUUCAUCGAACCAGAGAAUCUUGUUCCUCAUGGUCUGAGAGUGUUUAGGUGCCUUUUGGCAAAUUCCAAGCUGGGUGUCAUGUGCCUUUUUACUGAGGAGUCGCUUCCGUCUGGCCACUCUACCAUAAAGGCCUGAUUGGUGAAGUGCUGCAGAGAUGGUUGUCCUUCUGGAAGGUUCUCCCAUCUCCACAGAAGAACUCUAGAGCUCUGUCAGAGUGACCAUUGGGUUCUUGGUCACCUCCCUGACCAAGGCCCUUCUCUCUUCUCUCAGUUUGGCCGGGCGACCAGCUCUAGGAAAAGUCUUGGUGGUUCCAAACUUCUUCCAUUUAAGAAUGAUGGAGGCCACUGUGUUCUUGCGGACCUUCAAUGCUGUAGAAAUGUUUUGAUACUGUCACGAGAAUUUUUAUCUCUAAUACUCAAACUUUUAAUAAUCCCCAGAGGGUGUAAGACUCUAGUUAAGGAUGAAUUAAACAAUUCUCCAGUCUGCAAGGGAUCAAUGAGAGCGCUCUGGCGCCAAAAACACACACCGCCUUUUUAUAUGCAUCCACGCAAAGGACUUUGCUCCACCCACCUUUAGGCGGCAUGUACAUUUCCACAGCAUAGAAUUGUAGAAUAAUAGUGAAGACAUCAAAACUAUGAAAUAACACAUAUGGAAUCAUGUAGUAACCAAAAAAGUGUUAAACAAAUCAAGAUAUAUUUUAUAUUUGAGAUUCUUCAAGUAGCCACCCUUUGCCUUGAUAACAGCUUUGCACACUCUUGGCAUUCUCUCAACCAGCUUCAUGAGUUAGUCACCUGAAAUGCAAUUCAAUUAACAGGUGUGCCUUCAUAAAAGUUAAGAAGAAGAUAUCCCUAUUUGGUAAAAGACCAAGUCCAUUUUAUGGCAAGAACAGCUCAAAUAAGCAAAGAGAAACGACAAUCCAUCAUUACUUUAAGACAUGAAGGUCAGUCAAUACGGAACAUUUCAAGAACUUUGAAAGUUUCUUCAAGUGCAGUCGAAAAAACCAUCAAGAGCUAUGAUAAAACUGUCUCUCAUGAGGACCGCCAAAGGAAUGGAAGACCCAGAGUUACCUCUGCUGCAGAGGAUAAGUUCAUUAGAGUUGCCAGCCUCAGAAAUUGCAGCCCAAAUAAAUGCUUCACAGAGUUUAAGUCACAGACACAUCUCAACAUCAACUGUUCAGAGGGGACUGUGUGAAUCAGGCCUUCAUGGUCGAAUUGCUGCAAAGAUACCACUACUAAAGGACUCCAAUAAGAAGAAGAGACCUGCUUGGGCCAAGAAACACGAGCAAUGGACAUUAGACCGGUGGAAAUGUGUUGUUUGGUCUGGAGUCCAAAUUAGAGGUUUUGGUUCAAUCCGCCAUGUCUUUGUGAGACGCGGUGUGGGUGAACGGAUGAUCUCCACAUGUGUAGUUCCCACCGUAAAGCAUAGAGGAGGAGGUGUUAUGGUGUGGGGGUGCUUUGCUGGUGACACUGUCUGUGAUUUAUUUAGAAUUCAAGGCACACUUAACCAGCAUGGCUACCACAGCAUUCUGCAGUGAUACACCAUCCCAUCUGGUUUGGGCUUAGUGGGACUAUCAUUUGUUUUUCAAAAGGACAAUGACCCAACCCACCUCCAGGCUGUGUAAGGGCUAUUUUACCAAGGCCUGGCCAAGGUCUGGCCUCCACAAUCCCCUGACCUCAACCCAAUUGAGAUGGAUUGGGAUGAGUCGGACGGCAGAGUGAGGGAAAAGCAGCCAACAAGUGCUCAACAUAUGUGGGAACUCCUCAAGAUUGUUGGAAAAGCAUUCCAGGUGAAGCUGGUUGAGAGAAUUCCAUGAGUGUGCAAAGCUGUCAUCAAGGCAAAGGGUGACUAUUUGAAGAAUCUCAAAUCUCAAAUAUAUUUUGAUUUGUUUAACACGUUUUUGGUUACUACAUGAUUCCAUAUGUGUUAUUUCAUAGUUUUGAUGUCUUCACUUUUAUUCUACAAUGUAAAAAAAAUGUAAAAAUAAGGAAAAACCCUUGAAUGAGUAGGUGUGUCCAAACUUUUGACUGGUACUGUAUGUUUGAAUUACAUUAACUCUCAUACACAGACAGCAGACACACAGGGUAUUUACUUUUCACAUCAAAUCAAAUCAAAUUGUAUUUGUCACAUGCUUCGCAGACAACAGGCAUAGACUAACAGUGAAAUGCUUUUUCAUAGUAUAUUAAUGGACUUCUUUCACUCCUACAUGUUCAAACAUACAGCUUCUAUUUCUCUGGUCUAUGUGUACUAAUAACAACAGUGCAUUUGUAUUCUAAACCUGUUCUACCUCUACUCUUGAGUGUUUGUGCAUCAACAGUGUAUAGUCUAUCACUAACCUUCCUCUAUCUCUCUCUGAUCUCAGUGUUAGUGGCCUUAAGCGUCUGGGGAUGCCGGGCAUGCCUGGAGGCCAGGACCUAGAAGCUGCGCUCCGCUGUUUAUCUGACCGCCAGCAGAGCCAUGCCUCAGAGCGCCCCUUCUUUGAGGUGGAGCGCGAACGCAAACUCCGCGCCCUGGCCGCCGCCUACCAGGGGUGCAGCGAGGAGGGUGAGGAGGUGGGCGAGCUGGGCUCCAGCGGGUUCCUUACGCCCAACGACAGCCUGGUGUCCAGCUCGGUGGCGUCGACAGGCACCAACUAUUCCAAUGGCAGCUCGCUGCACUCCUCGGCCGGAUCGGGGGGCUCGCGCUCCUACCUACCCGAUCGCCUGCAGAUUGUCAAGCCCCUGGAAGGUGAGGAGGGAGGGGGAGACCCUGUUUUGUGUUCUUUGCUGAGAUAUUAGGUGUGCGGUAACUCGACUGUCAGUUUUAUGGUAACUUGCCUAAGGUUGCUAGACUCAAUUACAGGUGAAACUAUGAAUGUAGUCUCUAAAGCUGAAAGUAGACACUCUUUACAAUUUUUUCCUUCUUUUAAUAUGAAAAAUAUGCAUGAUUAGAGAAAUACAGUUUAUUAAUAAAUAAAUAAAUGUGUUAUUCCCAACAUACAACAAUGCUAACUAUAUCGCCCUUCCUCUCCACGCCAGGUUCAGUGACCCUGCACCACUGGCAGCAGCUGGCCAAGCCCAACCUGGGAGGCAUCCUGCACCCUCGUCCGGGGGUCCUCACCAAAGACUUCCGGGAGCUGGAGAUCGACCUCCAACACGUCUACAGCCUCAACGACCUGGAGGAGGACGAGCCUGACCUAUCACAGCUCUCCCACAGCCUGGCUGCCGGAGCCAUGGGUAAGAAAAGAGGCCACAGGGUAGUGUUUAGUUGAAUUUAGUAGAUACGGUUGAUAGGGUCUCAAUUGUGAGUGAAGACAUUCACUCAUACACACACAGUACACACUCAUUCCUCUGGUCCCUCUAGUCUGGUGUGAAAAUCUGAUCGUUUUCCCUUCUCCCUCCAACGGAACUCUUUAGGUCCGUCAGAUUGGGUAAGGGAGAACGAUCAGGCAUUGACACUGGAACCUUCUAUUUGGAUAACAUGUCUACUGUGGUCCAUAUCCCCCUAAGUUCACCUGUGUGGUAGGUGUGAUGUUACUAAACAGUUUGAGUCAUUCCAACUCAUACUGUCGUUGUAUAUCGUACAUUCUCCCAUCCGUGUCAUUUGGUGGGUGGCUCUGGGAUUUUCCUCAUCCAUUGUGAGUAGUUGUGUAUGUGUUUGUUGUUGUGUGUGUGUUUUUGUGUUGGUGUGUAGUUGUGUAAAGUGUGUCCAUCAUCCACAGUCACUCCUCUAUCCUCCGGCCCCAACCUCCCCCAGACCCCUCCCACCCACACCGUCACCACCUGUCGGGGCCACCACCCCUCCCUCCUGCUCCCCUCCUUCUCCACCAGGUAAGAUCUGGGAAUCACUCACACACAACUAUUCAUUGGUAACACUUUAUUUUACUGUCCGGUUUCACAUAUAUAUAUUUUGUAUGCUUUAUUUAACCAGGAAGGCCCUUGAGAUAUUUUUUUCGAAGGAGACCUGGCCAAGAAAGCAGCGUACAGUCAAGUGCAAAAAGUUACAUGUUUUUUGUCUGGUAUUUACUAAGAACGUAUAUAUGGUGACAAUGAAUACUUCCUGGAAGUUUCAUCAAAGACGUCGAAAUAAUAGAUAACCUGGUACUAAAUGGUAUGGUACUAAAUGGUGUUUGAAAUUAAUCCAAAGCAACAUAAGUAAUUACCAGGCAGUGGACUGUUGAUGGUCGACUGACCUAAAGCUCAGCUACUAUUAAAUGAAAUGUGCAUCUGAAUGGAAGUGUGCAGAGACUUUUCCCUGUUUCUCCAGUUGUCCAUUUUGCCUCCAGCACCUUCACUAAUCGGUUUUGGGUGUGCUGUAGAUUCUGCCUUUUAUCCCCAGGUAGUGGACUGUAAAAUGAAGUGAAAUCCAUUUAUUUUUCAUUAAUUUGCCUUUUGGUAUUCAUUCAAACGUUAAUUCAUUCAUUCAUUAAACCAAAGACCAAUAUUAGUAAUAACGUGAAAAGGUAUUUACAAUACACCACUCUGAAAACAAUAGCAGCUUCGCUGUGCUGCCCCAUUUCUCUCCUCGAAAGUACCUUGCUACUUUGUGUGUAUAGCAGUCCUUCUCUCUCCUCCCUUACUCAAUCCCUCUCUCCUUACCACAUGUCUCUCCCCUCAGUGGUAGGAAACGCUGGUCCAAGCACUUUCUUCAGCUCUAAAGUGGGCUUCAUAGGCAAAGUAAGAUCCAACAGGCAUGGACAUCUUGGGAAUGAUGCAGGAAAAUUAUAUAUUUAUCCCCUAACUUUUCUAAACCACUCCCAUUUUAACUCUGACCCCACCCAACCCCUAAGUAAAAUUAUUGAUCAUACCCCCAUGCUGAGCCUUGAACAAACACCACUACAAAGUCAUGGAUUGAAUGCACUCGCAGCUAUGACAAUGCUUCAACUUUCCAUGCAUAAAACAAAUUGAUGUUCUUGUGUCUAUUUAAAUGACUUUGAGGUUUAGUAUUAGAUUAUUGGGGCCAAAUCCUAUUUUAAGAUACACACAUGUAACUCAAACUUUAAUACACACAGGUUUCCCAUUCCAACAUCUUAAUGCCUGCUUCUCUAUUAAGGAUUUGGUCCAUUAUCUUGAAUCUACUUCAUAAAAAACAUGUCACUCACUUGCUUGGCAUGCUAACUUGGACAACACUUCCUGAUCCCUUCCAGAUUCUUCCAGGUAAACUGCACGACCCAACGGCAAUCCUCUUUUCAGUUCUCAGGCUGACUAUCGAACUGACUAACACCAUCUCUAACCCACCCUUACAGGCAACGAAACUAACUAACCACUCUUAACUAAUGAUGCACUGUUACUAAUGCUGCUAAGCUUAUACAGUGGGGAAAAAAAGUAUUUAGUCAGCCACCAAUUGUGCAAGUUCUCCCACUUAAAAAUAUGAGAAAGGCCUGUAAUUUUCAUCAUAGGUACACGUCAACUAUGACAGACAAAUUGAGAGAAAAAAAUCAAGAAAAUCACAUUGUAGGAUUUUUAAUGAAUUUAUUUGCAAAUUAUGGUGGAAAAUAAGUAUUUGGUCACCUACAAACAAGCAAGAUUUCUGGCUCUCACAGACCUGUAACUUCUUCUUUAAUAAUAAUAAUAAUAUGCCAUUUAGCAGACGCUUUUAUCCAAAGCGACUUACAGUCAUGCGUGCAUACAUUUUUUUUGUGUGUAUGGGUGGUCCCGGGGAUCGAACCCACUACCUUGGCGUUACAAGCGCCGUGCUCUACCAGCUGAGCUACAGAGGACCACAGCUGAGCUACAGAGGAGCCUCUUUAAGAGGCUCCUCUGUCCUCCACUCGUUACCUGUAUUAAUGGCACCUGUUUGAACUUGUUAUCAGUAUAGAAGACACCUGUCCACAACCUCAAACAGUCACACUCCAAACUCCACUAUGGCCAAGACCAAAGAGCUGUCAAAGGACACCAGAAACAAAAUUGUAGACCUGCACCAGGCUGGGAAGACUGAAUCUGCAAUAGGUAAGCAGCUUGGUUUGAAGAAAUCAACUGUGGGAGCAAUUAUUAGGAAAUGGAAGACAUACAAGACCACUGAUAAUCUCCCUCGAUCUGGGGCUCCACGCAAGAUCUCACCCCGUGGGGUCAAAAUGAUCACAAGAACGGUGAGCAAAAAUCCCAGAACCACACGGGGGGACCUAGUGAAUGACCUGCAGAGAGCUGGGACCAAAGUAACAAAGCCUACCAUCAGUAACACACUACGCCGCCAGGGACUCAAAUCCUGCAGUGCCAGACGUGUCCCCCUGCUUAAGCCAGUACAUGUCCAGGCCCGUCUGAAGUUUGCUAGACUGCAUUUGGAUGAUCCAGAAGAGGAUUGGGAGAAUGUCAUAUGGUCAGAUGAAACCAAAAUAGAACUUUUUGGUAAAAACUCAACUCGUCGUGUUUGGAGGACAAAGAAUGCUGAGUUGCAUCCAAAGAACACCAUAGCUACUGUGAAGCAUGGGGGUGGAAACAUCAUGCUUUGGGGCAGUUUUUCUGCAAAGGGACCAGGACGACUGAUCCGUGUAAAGGAAAGAAUGAAUGGGGCCAUGUAUCGUGAGAUUUUGAGUGAAAACCUCCUUCCAUCAGCAAGGGCAUUGAAGAUGAAACGUGGCUGGGUCUUUCAGCAUGACAAUGAUCCCAAACUCACUGCCCGGGCAACGAAGGAGUGGCUUCGUAAGAAGCAUUUCAAGGUCCUGGAGUGGCCUAGCCAGUCUCCAGAUCUCAACCCCAUAGAAAAUCUUUGGAGGGAGUUGAAAGUCUGUGUUGCCCAGCGACAGCCCCAAAACAUCACUGCUCUAGAGGAGAUCUGCAUGGAGGAAUGGGCCAAAAUACCAGCAACAGUGUGUGAAAACCUUGUGAAGACUUACAGAAAACGUUUGACCUGUGUCAUUGCCAACAAAGGGUAUAUAACAAAGUAUUGAGAAACUUUUGUUAUUGACCAAAUACUUAUUUUCCACCAUAAUUUGCAAAUAAAUUCAUUAAAAAUCCUACAAUGUGAUUUUCUGGAUUUUAUUUUCUCAUUUUGUCUGUCAUAGUUGACGUGUACCUAUGAUGAAAAUUACAGGCCUCUCUCAUCUUUUUAAGUGGGAGAACUUGCACAAUUGGUGGCUGACUAAAUACUUUUUUUCCCCACUGUAGCUAUGUGUUUAUUUUGUAUGUUUAAGUAGGCAAAUGACAAGCUGAGUAUCUCAUUGGAUGUGUGAUAACAGCACUGCUGUGUCUGAUUGGUCUUUUCCUCUUUUCCUGUAUUUGCAGCCUUUGCUCUCGCAGCCUGUCCGCUUGUGGGAGCUGUGAGCAUCUGAGCACCAAGUCGCCCUCCUCCUCCAAUCAGCAGCAUUGUGGGCUGAUCUUUGACCCUAGCCAGGGCGGUGGCCACCACUCCACCUCCACCCCAGCACCUCCUCUAUCACUAGGACUCCUGAGGCUGCUGGAGGAGCAGGGCAUCUCCGGCUCCACCGUCCCCUACCCUUACCACCAACUGACCCCACUCACAGCCCACACACACCCCACAACGGUAGAGGAAGAUCGGGAUGGAGGUACAUUCAAGAUGGAGGAAGAAGGGAGAAGGAACAUUUUCAGCUUCAACCUGGUAGAGAAGCUGAGGAGUCUGGGACUUCACAAGGUGGCGGCCCGAGGGGUGGUGGACUGGAGAGAGAACGGAGAGGAGAGAGAAGCAGUCAGGCAAUACAGAUAUCCACCUAGAGUCUGA